CUAGCUAGACUGACACAUAUGUGACGUGUUUACUUUUUAUUCGUAAAGAGUAAGCAAUUGUUAGAAGUAUAGUUAAUUUCCAAAUUAAAUUAACUUAUGUAUGUUGUGAUCAUUGAAAAAGAUUUUUCUUGAAAAAUGAUAGAAGUAAAUUAACUUCUAGAAUUGUGUAAUGAGGUCGUACGGGCAUGUCUUUGUUAAAAUUAAAGACGAAGGAGGCUAAAGUUGUAGCCAAUUGCCACGAUAGUGUUGAUAAUGUUAUCAGUAACUUUGACUCCGAUUCUGCUAACGAUAGUGAUAAUUCCGAAAUAUUCAAAAGAAAUAAAAAUAGAGAGGAUAAUCGUCAAUUUCCCACUUUAACUAUGAGAAUGUUGAACCUUUGUAGAGAAUUUGCAAUAUUUUGUCUUGUAAUGAUGACAUAUGCUGCUUUGAGUAAAGACCCUCCGAAAAUAUCCAAAUCGCCAGCAGCUUAUCAUUUUUUCUCGGAAAAAUCUAUUGUAACUGAUUCAUAUCGAGGACAAAUCAGCAAAGUUAUAGAAAAUGCUAGGUCUAAUGACAUUGUUUUUGUUAUGUUUUAUGCACCCUGGGAUGCCGAUAGUCAAAGGGGAAGAAAUGAAUUUGAAAAGGCUGCUCAUUCCAUGCAGGAUAAAGUUAACUUUAUAGCUAUAAAUUGUUGGCAACCCCAUGGAGAAUGUCGAACGAAAUAUAAUAGAGUUUACAAAUGGCCUGUUCUUAUAGCGUAUUUACCUCAUGGAAGAAGUGUGCACUAUAAUGGUCUUCUUAGUGCUCCACAUAUUGUACAAUUUUUAAAAAAAGUGUGCAAUCCAAUAAAACAUGCAGGAAAAGAAGCAAUCAAGAAUUUUCAAGAUGGUUAUGUUAAAGCCGAACUGAACACAUCACCAGGAAGUCUUGAUUUUGCAGUAUUCUAUGUUGCCUCUUUAAAAUACUUAGAAAAAGAUCCUCAAUUUCGAAUAACGUUUUAUGUGAAUCCAUCCUUAGUUUCACCGCCAAAAUUGUAUCUAUAUUUGUGGAAUGAAACAUUAGUGUUUCCUAAUCAUGAGUUGUCAUGGACACCUCACAGUAUUUUACAAUGGUUAUUUCAAAGUACACAUCAGGUUACAUCUUGGGUACUUCCCACUGGGUCUAAGAGUAUAGCAUUAUCUAGUAGUAUGCACAAUGGACCUGUUCUUAUUCUGUUUACACCAAAGAAUCCAUUACAUAGUAAUAAUGAUUAUUACAACAUGUUACAAGAAAUAGCCCAAGAAUAUCAUUCUUGCGAUGAGAACAUUUUUGCAAACGUGCUUGCUGUUCAUCUACAAUUAAAACGUACUGCAAAUUUGUUAUUACACAAACAAUUGAUGUCUUCAUGUACAUUGAAUACAAAACUCCUGAACAGUACAGUAAUGUCCCACACGAAUCCAGUUUGGGCAAAUGUAUCAGCGUGUUCCCAUAAAACUGAGACAGAAGACUGUGAUUUAGUAUCAGAUCAAAACAAUCGACACGUACGUGUCCAGUUUAAGACUGAAAACAGUUUAGAACAUUUUUCUAAAGUUGUUACAGGUAAAGACCCCUGCAAUGAUAAAAUCGUCAAUACAGAGAAAUUCUAUAAAACAUCGAUUUUAACAGGAUUUGGUGACUAUAGAUCUGCGGAAAAUCUUCAAAAAUUACAUGAAGCAGAGAGAUGCAAAGAUUUUUUGGAAGCAGAGAAACAAUUUCCUGCAGUAUUUGUAAAGGAUUCCUCACUUAAAAACAUUACCAUUACAGGUUUGUCCUGUAGAAGUAAUAAAAGUUUAUCAAUGUUAGCGAUGGAUAGUCUACUUUAUUCACAUUUUGCAUUAAGGCUUGGAAUUGACCUAAGCAAAGAACCAGAUAGAACUGCAGUAGUGAUUUUAAAUGAUAAGAUGGAGUCUCAUUAUAUUUUGGAACAACCAAUAACUAGCGAUUCUUUAAAAGAAUUUAUAUCUAACUUCUCAAAAAAUCAUUUAAACAGAUCGUUCAGCUCAGCAACGACUUUAUCAUCAGCAUCAUUCCAAAAGAAGAAAGAAAAUGAAUCGCGUAUCGUUGUUGAAGAACUGGAUACAAAUACAUUUCUUCCAACGGUCUUACAAGAUGAUAAUGCUGUUGUAGUAUUUUAUUACUCCAAACAAUGCUCUUUUUGUAAUGGUAUUUCUUACAUAUUUCUUACAGUUGCCAAAAAAUUAGCAUUUUUGAGAAAUUUGGUAUUUGCUCGUAUCGAUGGAGAUAUUAAUAUUCUUCCUUGGGAAUAUACAAUGGAAACAUAUCCUACUAUUCUAUUUUUUCCACCUAAAAGGAAAUCGGAGAGUCGUGCCUUUCCACCUGAUAUAGCUAUAACAGUACAAAACAUCAUCAGCUUUCUAUUGGUGAAUCUCGAACCUAAUUUGAAAUUACAAGCUUUGUGGUAUUUAUGUAUCCAGACAACGGCACCAAAAGAACAUUCUUCAUGCUAUUCCACACUAUUGGGAGAAACUCUCAGUUUAAUCGACUCAACUUUGAAAGAAUGGAGAAAAUCACAUACUUUGCAACGACAAGUUUUACUACACCGAUUGAAAUCCUUACGACAGCUACACCUGCUGUUUGCUCAUGCACAAGAAAAACAAAGUGCAAUUUUAGAUUAUUUAAAUAAGAUUCAUUCAAAUUUACGCUUUACCAAAGACUUUGAUUUUCUCAAACAAUCUAAAUCAAUUAUUGAUGAGUUAUAGCAAAUAUUUAUUGUAAAAAGGAAAUUAUCGUAAAACAUUGUAAAGAAUAUUAAAACUGUUAAUUGUUAUAUUUAUUAACAAUAUAAAAAUAGUUCUAUA